AUGUAUGAAGAUGUGGUAAGUGUCGAUGUGAUAGUUGGGGGGCGCUCUCAUACACAGCAGUCUGUGAUCUUGAAGCCUCUGAGAGCCAGCGUGACCACCGGAACACCGCGUGCACCCGAGAACACAGAGCAAGCACCGGCCCGAGCCCAGAGAGCAACAGAGAGAGCAGAGUGGAACCAAAGCGUGAGCCACAUCCACGCCCCCUGCUCCGAUGACGAGGUGGAGGAAGGAGAGGACGAAGACGACUACAGCCCAACCGACGAGGAUCCCGACCUGAAGCCUCCCGGCCUCAAGCCCACCAUGAGGCCCAUCACCGGCGGCACCCUCGUUGUCCCAUGCCAGUGGGAAUCUUCUCCCAACACACCGGGAGACGAGUCGCCCUGCGAUUCAUCAUCCCCCAUGAAACUCUCCUCCGACGCAUGCCACAGGAGGACACCGGCCCAAAUCGGACUGAGCCUCAACGUCCUUCUCUUAAAGCUCAUACCAGAGUUGAGCCGGGAACUCUGCUCCCUCUUCACCAACACAUUCUCGACGAGGAGCGACGAGGCUGCCGCGAAGAAGAAAGCUGGUGCCUCUGGACACUACGACGACAAGACCUGGCAGUGGACGAGCCGGUCUGUCCAGCUCAAAGGGGCCAACGCCGAGGAGAAACGCAAGCACAUCAAGAGCCUCAUCGAGAAAACCCACGGGAAAAUCCCAGAGCACUUCUCUACCCCCUGA